GCGCCAUCUCCGGACAUAAACCGUGAAUACGCCAACCUCGCCAGUCUCCCCUCGCACCCCUCCUCCAACUACAAAUCUCACUCUUAUACACUCUACAACUCAACCCCUCCAAACCACAAAAAUAUCAUCUAAAACUAAUCACAGUCAGUCGCUGUGCAGAAAGCAGAGAAAUACCGAGCACCAAAACAGAAGCGUGCACGCCAACUUUAUUUAUCGCCCAAAACACGCGUUGCUCAUCCUCACUUUGCACCCUCACCAUCUUCACUCCCUCAAACUACUGUCUGCUGUCUACUGUCUUGUCUGCUACUCAUUAAACAAACAACCCGCCUCUGUCUGCUGCGUCUGUAAGAGAAGCACGCACAAUGACAUCACCCCCCUCAAUCCGCAAAAUGAUCUUCGUAUCGCCCCUCAAACAACCCACCUCCCCAUCCUCCUUCACAACCUCCCCCCUCCCCGCCGACGACACCUCCCUCUCGCUCGACACAUCUACUUCCACACUGGACCUGACUACACCAGUGACCUACUCCAACCCCGCCGAACUCGACUUUGUCAACCGCGUCCCCGCAUCGCGAAACCGCAUCAUUAAGAGGAAACCAGCGACGACUCUAUCGUCCCCGUCGACGAGUAAACCGACAAAGCCAAAGUCUCCUCCGGCGCGGAAUAUACCAGGGAAACGAAAACUCUUGCCGAAAUCUAUCGAUCUGGUAGACGAUACCACCACCACCUCAGCUCAAGUACCUCCUUCCAGCUCGCAAAAUGACACCGCUCCAACUACAGCUACAGCUACAGCUACAACGCGUCCGACGGGAAAAACACUGACCUCCUCCUCAUCCACAACAUCCCGCUCCAAACAACUGUCUGCAGACGACAUAGCAAGUCUCCCCACAUCCAUCGAAUCCAGCUCCUCCGCCCCCGCCGCCGACCCACCACCCUACGAUCUCUCCGCCCCCGCCCCAGCUCCAGCCCCGCCACUUUCGCUCAUCCCACCUUCUCAAACAUCCUCCUCCUCAGUCUGGGCAAGAAAACUCCUUUUCCAAGCCACGGAAGCGCGCGAGAAAUACGAAGCCGCGGCAGUACGCCUAGCGACUACCGAAUCAAGCUGGCAAACAAUCAUGCAAUCCAGCAUCAGCGCAAACCAAGCCGCCGUCGACGACCUCAGACGAUCGAUUGCUGAAGUGGCAGGUCAAGCUAGCGAGCUGAAGCAGAUAAACCAAGAUUUAGCAGUCUGUCUAACAGAUAUGCGCCGCGUAAUCGCGCUUAAUAGCGAACGCAUCGAUAGUGCGGAUCAGGGAAUCAAACUCCUCGCCCGCGAAAUGCACGAUCUGAAAGCCUAUCUCCACCGAAACUCACCUUCUUCAACUUUGACCUCACAUGAAGCUGUACAGCAACAAGACAUCCCCGUCAAGCAGGAAAGUCGACCUGCAAACCAUCCAACAUCUACACAGACACAUAUAAUCGCUAUCUCAUCCGACGCCGCGAGCGACGAAUUCGACCUACUUCUCCCGCCCAUCACCAGCGAUAACCGACGGAGUUUACAUCUAGACGACUAAACUUCUUGCUCAAACGGUAGCUCAAUGCUUUGGAGUUUAUAAUUACUGCUACUUGCUUUGGAUGUAUAUUCUAAGAGAAUACAACUCUGUACUUUAUCCUAAACUCUACACGAUGCGCACGCUUAAAAGAAAAUCUCCCUCUCCACGUUAUCAACCACCUCCUCC